AUGCAAUACCAACUCUUCAGCCUCGCGGCUCUUGCAGUAGCAUAUGCCUACGCACAAGAAGAUUCCACAGCAAGCGGUUCAUCUGACGCUGCCGAACUCCUCUCCGUCGUCUCCGUCCUCCAAACCGCCCUUCCUUCCUCCCUCAUCAACGAAGCCCUCACCAACUCAGCCGGCGUCUCCUCCCAACUCGCUUCGGAAUUCGCAGCAGGAGAAACUCCUGCGUGGUUUACGGCGCUGCCGACAGCUGUGCAAACAUAUUUGAUUCCUGCGUUUGCGAAUGCUACGGGGACCAUGUCUACUGCUGGAACUGGUGCGUUGAUGACUACUACUACUCCUGCUGCUACGGCUACUGCUACUGGUGGUAGUGGUAUGACUGGCAAUGGCACGAGUUCUGCAUUUGUUCCUUCUUCUUCUUCUUCUUCUUCUGAUGUUUCGUCGAGCCGCAUGUCGACUGUAAUGACUGAGUCGGGAAAAAUAGGUGCUUCGGCUACGGGGACUCGAGGAUCUUCUUCUUCUUCAAGCGAGGCCGGGGCUGCGAUGCCUACGGGUGUAGCUAUGGGAUUGGCUGGAAUGGCAGCGGGGAUUAUGGGCGUGAUGGCUUUGUAG